AUAUGCACUGCUACAUGUAUCGUAUAAAAGCAUUUUCACUAAAAAUGUAAGAGGCUGCGGUGCUGCUUUCAAUAAAAAAAAUAAAAGUUUACUAAUUCCACUGUCAAAUUAGACAGUUCUUUUCAAAGUCGAAUUGUCUCCCAGUGGCAUUAUACGCGUUUAGUCGUAACUCUAAUAAACGCAACGAUGUCGGGAGGAUUAGAUAUAUUGACGCUCAACGAGGAAGAUGUAACUAAGAUGCUUGCAGCCACAACCCAUCUUGGGGCAGAAAAUGUUCAUUUUCAGAUGGAAACUUACGUGUACAAGCGCCGAGCUGAUGGUACUCACGUGAUCAACCUCCGCCGCACGUGGGAGAAGCUGGUGUUGGCAGCUCGUGCUGUGGUCGCGAUUGAGAACCCUGCUGAUAUUUUCGUCAUCUCAUCACGUCCAUUCGGACAGCGGGCAGUACUCAAGUUCGCGGCACACACUGGAGCUACUCCUAUUGCUGGACGUUUCACACCUGGUGCAUUCACUAAUCAGAUUCAAGCUGCAUUCAGGGAGCCUCGCCUCUUGAUUGUGCUAGAUCCCGCACAAGACCACCAGCCUAUCACUGAAGCUUCAUAUGUCAAUAUACCAGUAAUUGCAUUCUGCAAUACUGAUUCACCACUCAGAUUUGUUGACAUUGCCAUCCCCUGCAACACCAAGUCAUCCCACUCUAUUGGUCUUAUGUGGUGGCUCCUUGCACGUGAGGUUCUACGUUUAAGGGGUGUUCUCCCUCGUGAUCAGAGAUGGGAUGUGGUGGUUGAUUUGUUCUUCUACAGAGAUCCAGAAGAGAGUGAAAAGGAAGAACAACAAGCUAAGGAACAGGCUGUUAUUCCUGCUAAGCCUGAAGUGGCUCCACCACCAGUCCAUGAAGACUGGAUCGAGCCUCCUGAGCCUGUCACCUCCUGGACUGAAGAUGCGGCACCACCUCCACCGGCCGCAGCCUUCGGCGCGCCUCCAGCCGCACAGGAAGAUUGGGCUGCUCAGGUUCAAGAAGAGUGGGGUGCACCCGCGCCUGCCGCCGCCCCCGCCGCGGCUCCCUCAUGGGGUGGCUCUGCCCAGGACUGGACCGCUUCGUAAAUCGCCUGUCUCAGUUAUCAUCGUUGAUAAAUAAAUAACUGAAAGUUUUA